GAGUAGCGCUUCACUCAGCUCCGCCAUGACAGCUGCUUUUUCCGACUCCUCCCACAGCAAGGUCCGACCAAUCAGAGAGCGACGUACCUCAGGCUCCACUAGCCAAUGAGCACAGGCACGAAGACGAACGCUAGGACGCGCGGUGCUUUGUUUGGUUCGUCCUCCUCACCCCCCUUUCCCCGCCUAUCAGCGCUUUCGUUCUAAACGGACAUCCUCCUGAUCCAAUAAAAAUACUAGGUGUCCCUUCCGACAAAUGGAAACGUUCGGUUUCUUUUUUUGUUAAACUCCGCCCCAAUGAGAUUCGAGCUGUGCUAUUGGGUGGUGGGCUUUUGUAUUUGCCCGAAUUAGCCAAUAAAACAGCGUCGGCUCUGUGGCCCACGCUGCCUUAUAAUUGAUUGACAAACGCUCCACCAAUAGAAGGCCACUAUAGGAGGGGCGAUGCUUUCAACUUUCCAGUUAAAAAGAAAAAGAGGGUGGGGAGAAGGAAGGGAGGAAACGGGAUUGACGUCACAUUGAGCUGCUCCGAAGAGCGCGGCGAGUUGAGUGACGGGAGCUUGAGCCAGUCAGAGCUGCAGCGUGGCGGCUGUGGGGGGGAAGGCGGGAGAUUCGAAUUGCAGCCUCCCGAGUUGGCCCUCGGCGCGUCGGGCGGGCGAAAGCAGGUGAGUCGCAUAGAGCCGGGCCGUAACUCGGGUGGUGGGAAGAAGGGCAGCCAGGAUACCUGGCGAGGGGCGGGACCCCGCGGGGAAGGUGGCUAUGGACUUGGCGAGCUUAGCUGGGACUCGGGUCCGCAGAGGUCCCUGCACGGAGAAAGCUAGCAGCUAAGGGAGAAGACCCCCUUUCACCUGACAACUAGCCUUCUACGUGCAAGAUUUAUUAUUAUCAUCAUCAUCAUCACUAUCAUUAUUUAUACCACACAUUUUUUCCUGACAAGGACUUUAAGGUGGACUUUAGCAGAUUAACAUUAUAUGUCCUUUUAAAUGUUGUUGCGGGAGUGGGGUUAUGUGUUUGUUUUUCUUGUGGAUUAUGCGUUCUCAUAUUGUUCAGUUAUUGUGGAUUAUACGUUCUCAUAUUGUUCAGUUCAGUUAGGUUGUGAACUGCCCUGGGAUUUUCCAAUGGAGGGCAGCAUAAAAAUUUAAUAAUAAUAAUAGCAGGAACAGCUAAAACAUAUUGGACGGGAAUCAUUUAAAAAAAUUAAUAGCAUUAAAGUAUAUUUGUGUGUGUAUAAUGUAGUGCUGGUUUUAAUGUACAGUGGUACCUCGGGUUACAUAUGCUUCAGGUUACAGGCGCUUCAAGUUACAGACUCUGCUAACCCAGAAAUAGUACCUUGGGUUAAGAACUUUGCUUCAGGAUGAGAACAGAAAUCGUGCUCCGGCGGCGCGGCAGCAGCGGGAGGCCCCAUUAGCUAAAGUGGUGCUUCAGGUUAAGAACGGUUUCAGGUUAAGUACAGACCUCUGGAACGAAUUACCGUAAGUACUUAACCUGAGGUACCACUGUAUGUGUUUUGGGCUUAAAAUAUUCUGAGUUGCUUUGAAUUGCUGUGGCCAAAAAAAAAGACUACUGGUGAUAGCAUAUGGUGACUUAUAUUAAGGAGUGUUCAGUCAUGUGAGUCCCCUCCACCUGCAGUCUGAGGUUCUGCUACCCCUUCAGUGAGAGCUAUAUGGAAUUUGAGAGGUUUCUACUGGGUGUUGUGGGAAUGCUAAUAUCUUCCUCAGUAUUUCCCCCUUGAUUUAUGCUGGCCGGCAGUGCUAUUUUCCCAGAAAAAGAGGUGCCAGAACCCACCAUGAAUGCUUCCCUUAUUCUCUUAUAAUGGCAAUGGCACCCACCUGAGAGGUGCCGGAACUGAGUUCCAGCUGAAAAAAAAGCCCUUGGCUGGUAAUCUAGAUACCCCUUAAGGGAGACGGUGCCAGGAUUUCAUUAUGGCUUUUCCUAUGCUUUCUUCAUCCUGCAGUGCUUUGAGGUAGCAGGCCUUUUUAAACUGAGGGUAGCCUUUGAUUUAGAAUAUUAUGCUGUUGGUGACCCUUUUCCCGGAUUGUAACUCAACAUGUUGAGUGACUCUUCUUUCUACAGAAGUCUUGGUCAGCAGAAGAAUUGCCCUGAGGAGCUGCUGUGUCCGCUGCCUGCUGUCAUGGGGGCUUCCGAGAGCUCUCCAACAACACCCACCUUCAAGCCUCUGCUGAAUAAGCACCUGCAACACGUUAGCGAUCCACGAUCACCUACAGCUGGGAUCCUGAGAACUCCCAUAGAGGUACAGGGAGACCUUGAUGCCCAUCUUUCAAAGCCUUUCUAAAGCGGCAUGGCUUAGCUUGUUGUCCCUUCCGCUUUCCCCAUCCCUUUCCUGUUGUUUGUUCUAACAUAGUUCACACAGGCUGAGCCAUGCUCAUAUUCAUUGUUCCUUAGGUGGAAAGCUCCCCGCAAGCGAGUCCCCUGACCGAUCCAAAGGACGUUGGCUUGGCACCCAACAACCAGAAUCUUAGCUGUGACCCUCGUUCCCCAACACCUGGUGUCUCGCGUACUCCCGUGAAACCUGUGGAGCCAGGUAAGUGGGGAUGUGAUGCCCGAUAACCCUAAUGAGCAGAGAAAUGGGACCUUUGAUUUUCCUGGCUUGAGAACGGCCGCUCGGCAGAAUGGUUCCCAAGAACCAUGGUGAGAAAUGUUGGCUGCUCUUUCUUCUUUUUGAGGAAAGAGCUGCGUGGACUCAGAGCCAUCAUCUGUUUAGGGAAAUUUCAAAUGUUUGAUGUUUUAUUGUGUUUUUAAAUUCUGUUGGGAGCCGUCCAGAGUGGCUGGGGAAACCCAGCCAGAUGGGCGGGGUAUUAACAACAACAACAUUAUUAUUAUUAUUAUUAUUAUUAUUAUUAUUUAUUGUCUUGCCAAAGAUGGCUCUGCUCUUGUGUUGCCUCAAACUCAGAGGUGAAAACAUGUAGUUCCUGCUGGAGGUUUAUCAAAUAUGCUUCUCCUGGCAUAAGGUUUCACAUUUAUUUAAUUGGUUUAUGAGUCACAUAAAAAAAGUACAGUGGUACCUCAGGUUACAGACGCUUCAGGUAACGGACACGUCACGUUACAGACUCCGCUAACCCAGAAAUAGUACCUCGGGUUAAGAACUUUGCUUCAGGAUGAGAACAGAAAUUGCACGGUGGCAGCGGGAGGCCCCAUUAGCUAAAGUGGUGUCUCAGGUUAAGUUUCGGGUUAAGAACGGACUUCCAGAAUGAAUUAAGUUCUUAACCUGAGGUACCACUGUAUUCUCUAGGCAAGAUGCACAGCAAAAUAGGUGGAAUUAAAACAAACCAUACAACUCAUAUUCUCAGUUCUGUGAUUUUCCUCCUUUCCAGACACCAUAAACUGUCUAGUAAAGCAACUCAGCAGAGUCUUUGUAGCAGAGGACUUGGAGGGAGAUAUCUUUCUGGAGGAGUCUUGCCGUGAAAGCCAGAAGUCUGAAGCUGCCCUUGUGACAGAGGAGGCUUCCAGGGGAAAAGAUUCUCCAGGAGAAGCAUCCCAGGAGAGUCCCCUGUGGGCAGAGGAGAGAAAUGAGCCGCUGCCCUCCAACGCUUCUGCUGCAGCUGCAACAAGAACAGCUCCCCCUGUCGGUGUUCUUCAUCCAACAGGUGAGGUUUUGAUCACUCCAGGCAGUGCCUCUAGUCAGUUGCUGUCAUGGACAGGUUGGAUGCAGAGGAAUGGGGGGAGGCACCAGAGGAACCCCCCAAGCGAAGGUGACUCAGAGCCCAGGAAGUGGCGGUGGGACAACAGUGGGUGGGAGGGAGAAGACUGGGAAGAGUGUCAGUAGCUGAAGAGGUAACAUGGCUUAGUGAGCCGUGAGAGUCUGUGGCCGAGAGAAGUCCAGAAUCAGAGGCGGAUACUGAACAGGAGAGUGGAAUGAGGGAGGCCAAGAGGCAGAGAUGAGUCCAGCAGGUGAAGAGGCACAGGGGUCUCCCCCUCCUGCUGCAACAUACUCCUCUCCACCCUUCUCUCCCAGAACCAGAAGAGGCAUGCAGAGGGUGGAGGUGAGGUUGGUUGCAUGCAGGCGCAGUAUCUGAUCGCUGGCGGGGGGGAGGGAGACAAACCCCGGCGAGGAGGGGGCUGAGGCAGCUGUGGGGAGACAGGGACCCCCAGUCUCAGCAACUGCUUCAUGGGGGCAAGAACUGCCAGAGACGAGUUGCUGUGGUCAUUAGACCUGACACUCCUUUGCAAACUGUGGCUUUGUUGUUGUUGCUGUUUAGUCGUGUCCGACUCUUCGUGACCCCAUGGACCAGAGCACGCCAGGCACUUCUGUCUUCCACUGCCUCCCGCAGUAGCAAGAGUUAAUUCCAACUUGCCUGGUGUGAUUUACUGCUGGCUCGCUCAUGACAGUUCCUGUUCAGAGGGGAGUGAGGGAACAGGAAUUUAUGGGGGCAGUUGGGGUGGGAGGUAGGGAUGUUUGUGUGUAAACGCAUAUUUUUGGGUGUGCAGUUGUAGCAGUGUAAGCUGGUGGUUACUGUGAAAGGUAUGGAGGGAACUAGUGCCGGCCCCCACUCCUGUCAAACAGUGUGUCCCAUGCAUGCAAUUUGCAAAUCAGGCUUGGUUUAAAACUAAAUGCUGGAUAUGAUGAGGCAAGUGUUCCACCUCUGCCAGCUUCCUCUCGGGAGCCCCUGCUCCAAAGGGAAAAUGGAGGAACACAGUGCAAGCUGCUGGUUGGCUGGCGCAGCAAAAUGUGUUCUCAUCUAUCUGGUUGUGUGUCCCAGACCAUGUGGAGGUGGAGAAGGGGUGUGUCUAAGCUCUUGCACUUCCAUUUUGAGAAAUUGUAGAGUUGCCGAGGGUCAUCUAGUCCAACCCGCUGCAAAGCAUGAAUGCUGCGUGCUAAGUUGUCAUUGAUUUGUUCUCUGCCCUUUUCUUUUCAAGGGAGCAGAACGACAAGGCACAGAGCCAGCAGCAAGAUACUGGCAAUGUCAACAGGUGCUGGACGUUCUCCCCUAAGUGUCUUGCAGGACGACAAUUCCCCGAAUUCCCUUGCUUCUCACCAGGUGAUGUAUGGGGAAGGAAGUCUCUCUACUCUUCCACUGACCAUAAAAGCUAGGAGCUCUGACACGCCCCUGCUGUAUUUCUAGGGCUUGGAUUCUCAGUUUCAGCAGUCGGAGCAGAAUUGAUUGCUUGGUGCCUCUUCCAUCCUAUUAGUUUUGUUAUAGUCCCUCCAGCUUCAAGUCAGAUUGUGUAUACGGUUUUUGAAACACCAUUGGAAAAACCUGCAAACCCUCCCAAUAAACUCUGGAGACCCUUUGAAAAAAACCAGCACUUACCAGACGCCAGACUCCACCACAAUUGCCCCCUCCAAACUCCCUUGUUCAAACUCCCAACUCCCCACAGACCUCGAUGGUUGGUGUAAGGGCUCCUGGUAUUGCACUUGCAAAGACUUGUGGGAUUGCUGGUUGCUGUUUUUGCACCUUUUUUUACCUUUCUGGGCUCUUUUUGCCAUUUUAAAAGUCACAUCUGUGUUUGGUGUGUUGCAUCCGCAGCCAUGCAUCAAUUGAAUGAGUGUAAAUUGGGUUGUUGCCUGUACUUUUCUUCCUAAAUGAGUUCUAAGGCACAAAAUAAGAGGCCACCACAAUGGGGGGAACCACUGGGGGAUAAAAUCUCACCACCUUUAUUGUCUAGCUAGACCCUGGCAGCUUGGCCUCCUCUGACAGGGGAAGCACAGCAGGAGAAAUGAGGCCGGUGUGUGUUUCUGUGUCUGUUUGCACUGAGUUCUCGACCUUUUCUCUCUCGCUGGAUAUCUUUUUGGGGGAAGAAUUUUAUUAAAACUUGUAAAUGCCCUCUCUCCCAACUUGUCACUGGUUGUUCCUAUCUGGGGGUGGGAGCAUUUAUGUGCACUGGUGUCUCUCCCACUCCCCAUCUCAACAUGGCAACAUCUUGUUUUUCCUUCUCAGAGUAAGAGGCGACCGUCAGCAGCAGAUAACCAAGGAGAGCGCAGGGAAGGCGUGUUAAAUUCUGGACGGGGCUUCAAAACAGGCUUCUACAGCUGGGAUUCCUUGAACAAAGAGAAUCAGCGUCAUUUGGUUGAAAACUAGUCUCCUUCAGAUGCUCCAGGAAUUCCUGGCCCCUGGAAGCUGCAGGAAGGAAACUCUGAAGACUCGAGGAUUGUGGCCGUAUCGUGGGAAAUACAGCCUUUGCCUCCCUGGCAACUGGUUUCCCCCUCACUGCUUCUGUUCUCGGUAAAGGAGUCGCUCUUUAUAUAGUUCUCUCAUCUCUAGCUUCAUAUUUAUGUUUUAUCUUGUACAGACUCUAGUAGGUAGCUUACCUUCUGAAAUGUCUUUGCUCCUAUCAACUUUCUGUGUUUUCUUUCUUGUGUGGAAAAUAAACUUUCGCUUUUGA